AUGAUCUAUGGACGCAGUUUGUUUCACAUUGUAGCAAGUUUAAUCAUCCUGCAUUUGUCUGGGGCAACCAAGAAAGGAACAGAAAAGCAAACCACCUCAGAAACACAGAAAUCAGUGCAGUGUGGAACUUGGACAAAACAUGCAGAGGGAGGUAUCUUUACCUCUCCCAACUAUCCCAGCAAGUACCCCCCUGACCGAGAGUGCAUCUACAUCAUAGAAGCUGCCCCAAGACAGUGCAUUGAACUCUACUUUGAUGAGAAGUACUCUAUUGAACCGUCUUGGGAGUGCAAAUUUGAUCACAUUGAAGUUCGAGAUGGACCUUUUGGAUUUUCUCCAAUAAUUGGACGUUUUUGUGGACAACAAAAUCCACCUGUCAUAAAAUCCAGUGGAAGAUUUCUAUGGAUUAAAUUUUUUGCUGAUGGAGAGCUGGAAUCUAUGGGAUUUUCAGCUCGAUACAAUUUCACACCUGAUCCUGACUUUAAGGACCUCGGAGUUUUGAAACCAUUACCAGCGUGUGAGUUUGAGAUGGGCGGUCCUGAAGGAAUUGUGGAGUCUAUACAAAUUAUGAAGGAAGGCAAAGCUUCUGCUAGCGAGGCCGUUGAUUGCAAGUGGUACAUCCGAGCGCCUCCACGAUCCAAGAUCUACCUACGAUUCUUGGACUAUGAGAUGCAGAAUUCCAAUGAAUGCAAAAGGAAUUUUGUGGCCGUGUAUGAUGGAAGCAGUUCUGUGGAGGAUCUGAAAGCUAAGUUCUGUAGCACGGUGGCUAACGAUGUCAUGCUCCGCACAGGGCUUGGGGUAAUCCGCCUGUGGGCAGAUGAGGGCAGUCGAAACAGCCGAUUUCAGAUGCUCUUCACAUCCUUUCAAGAACCUCCCUGUGAAGGCAAUACAUUCUUCUGCCAUAGUAACAUGUGUAUUAACAAUACGUUGGUCUGCAAUGGACUCCAGAACUGUGUAUAUCCUUGGGAUGAAAAUCAUUGUAAAGAAAAGAGGAAAGCCAGCCUGCUGGACCAGCUGACCAACACCAGUGGGACUGUCAUUGGAGUGACUUCCUGCAUUGUGAUCAUCCUUAUUAUCAUUUCUGUCAUUGUGCAGAUCAAACAGCCUCGUAAAAAAUAUGUCCAAAGGAAAUCGGACUUUGACCAGACAGUUUUCCAGGAGGUGUUUGAACCUCCUCAUUAUGAGUUAUGCACACUGAGAGGGACAGGAGCUACAGCUGACUUUGCAGAUGUGGCAGAUGACUUUGAAAACUACCAUAAACUGCGGAGGUCCUCUUCCAAAUGCGUUCAUGACCAUCACUGUGGAUCACAACUGUCCAGUGCGAAAGGCAGCCGCAGUAACCUCAGCACAAGAGAUGCUUCUGUCUUGACAGAGAUGCCCCCGCAGCCCGUCAAACCCCUCAUCCCGCCCAUGAACAGAAGAAAUAUCCUCGUCAUGAAACACAACUACUCACAAGAUGCUGCAGAUGCCUGUGACAUCGAUGAGAUUGAGGAGGUGCCCACCACAAGUCACAGGCUGUCCCGACAUGAUAAAGCCGUCCAGCGGUUCUGCCUCAUUGGGUCUCUAAGCAAACAUGAAUCUGAAUACAACACAACUAGGGUCUAA